GGAAUGAUCAGCAACCAAUCAGAUAUCUCCCUGGUUUUAGCCAAUCACAAGAACGCACCCCACGCGGGGGAUUGUUUACUUCUAAGCCAAUCACACGAACGCGUUCACACAGCGCGAUGUGUGGCGUGAGCGCGGGCGCGGGCUAGCGCGGUGGAGUUCUUCUGUCUGUCUCAAGCGCAAGCUAGUGCGCUGGAGUUCUUCUGUCUGUCUCUCGGUUGGUUGAGAACUCACCAUGGCCUCUGGAAACGACAGGGGAGCGGGUCUGUCGCCCCAAGCCGAGGUAGCAGCUCGGGCCUUUGUGCAGUUGUUGGCCCGGGAGCUGUCCUCGGCCCCAAACGCACCGAGAGAGAGUACAACAGUCAGGGCUGGGGGCAGUGCUGCUCCUCUACCGGUUAGCGAUGCUAGGGUGAGACAGGCUAUGAGAAGGCAGUUCCCUAGUAUGUUUAAUACUGAUCAGCCAAGAGGAAAACGGCGAUUCUCGACCUCUGCCCCUUGCAUUGUAAAAAGGACAGACUUCCAUAUCUAUGUCCUUUCGGAACCCAGUCAGUUCACACCAAAGGGCUCAGAAGUGCUAGAACUUGCCCAUGCUGGCCUUGGGAAGAGGAUGUUAAGCAUACCAGACCACUUGAAACAUGAUGAGGAGAGUGAAUCUGGGACAUGUCUUGAUGAAGAUUGUUCAGUUCUUGAGCAGCCAGUCCCAUCUACCAUAGGCACGGAUGAAUCCUUGUCGGUCUGCCCAAUCUGUCUUGCAUCGUACCCAGCUGAUUUUCUCCCAUUUCAUGCAAGCACAUGUGGUGACAGAAUGAACUGUGCUGGACCUAGUGUAGCAGCCAGUCCCCCAAGGGGAGAAGAAUUGCCAGGACCCUCAGUUCCACAAUUGUCAGCAGCUUCAACCUGGGCCACUGAAGUCGAGCUCCAAAAAGCAUGCGAGUUGUACAAAGAAGAUUUACUGAACUGUUACUCUGAAAGUCCACGCCUCUCUCUGUCACUCAACAUGUUUGAUGAAGAAGAAGAACAGGACAGUGCAUUCAUCUCAUUCUAUAAGCAGAAUAAUGUAGACUGGGCAGCUCCAUUCAAGUGCAAGCUGAGAGGAGAUGCAGCAGUGGGUGAUGGUGUCAACAGACAUGUUUUGUCAAUGGCCAUGCAGAAAUUGAAAACUGGAUUCAGAAUAAAUUUAGGCUCUGCUGCUCCUACAACCCUUUUUGAGGGGGAAAAAGAACAUCGGGUUCCCUCUGCAGCUGCUGUCCUGCGGGAAAGCAACCUAUUUGAAAUGGCAGGUCGUAUGAUUGGCCAUUCUUUCCUGCAUGGUGGGUCCAGCUUCUCUGGACUCAGUUUGCCUGUGGUGACCCUAUUGACUGGUGAGAGCAUCGACACUGCAGCAUCAGCUCUGACACUGGAAGACUGUCCUGAUAUUGACCAUCGUGAAACAAUUGGUUUGCUGAAGAAUGCUGAACUUACUGCAGAAGAAAACACCAAAGUGACUGAGCUUUGCCUGUCCUGGGAUCUUCCAUUUCCAACCUCCACCAAUCGUGUCUGGCUGUUCCAGGAAUUGCUUUCACAUGCAGUACUUCAUCGUGUUAAACAGCCAAUUAAACAAAUACGGAAAGGCCUUAAACAAACAGGAAUCUGGCCACUUCUUUCAGAUAGGCCAGAUGUCCACCCCUUAAUUUUCCCAAGGGAGUCAAGUGAGGAGCUUAACCCACAGACCUUGAUCCAGAGCAUUUCCUGGCCACAACCCAAUGUUGACAGCGAUGAGGAUGAGGACGACACUGUUCCAUUGGAGAAAAUCAGUCUUGUCACUGGAUUUUUGAGAAAAUUCAUAGAGGAAGCGUCACCAGAUGUGCUGCGUGACCUGAUGAAGUUUUGGGCAACACGUUCUCACUCCCAACUCGUCACAUAUUGAAGCUUGGUCAGGAUCCCUUUGGCGUCAAUAUUUAACUUACUGGGCACCCCUUAGGCGUCAUGUUUCAACGUGCAGGGAAUCCCAUAGACUUCUGACCGGAGCCCGUGACGUGCAGGUAACCAGACCGUUGUCUGCAGCGCGUACGGGUCGAGACUACGAUAAUUAGGCAUAAAAAAGAAAAGGCUACAAUAAUUUAGUUAUGGUAGGGCAAGUCAAUUGGCGCCCCGUGUCAUAUUUAACAGUUUUUUUUUAAUUUUAUUGUAAAAAUGACGUUGGUGUCUGAUAUUAAAGAGCCGCAUGUGAAACAGCAUGCAACGGUGACUUUAACAACGCUCCACCGAGUUUUGCUAGGUAAUAGGGCUGCACAAUUAAUCGAUUUUCUAAUCGCAAUUACAAUUUCAGAUGCCGCAAUUAUGUAAUGUUCAAAGUGAAUUAAUCGUUUAUAGUCCACUUAUGUUAUUCUGCAUGCUGAAGAAGUUUUUUCUUUCUUUCUACAGGUUAUCUUAAGGGUUUUUUCAUUGUUUUAAUUUUAGUAUAACAUUAUAGUAGCCUACCAUUUUUUUAAGUAUAAACCAAUCGAAUGUAUAAUUGAGAUUUAUAGAUGCUAUAGAAAAGCAAUAAAGGUUUUUCAGUUAGUGUUUUUUAUCUUGUUUAUGUAAAAAUAUGGCAUGCAGGUUCUUCAGACAAUGGUAUAAUCAUUCAGCGUAAAUUACUGUGAUAAUCGUAAUUAACAAUCGCAAUUACAAUUUUAUGAAAAUAAUCAACAAUUAUGAUCUUUGUCAUAAUCUUGCAGCCCUGCUAGGUAAUACUGGUAUUUGUUUGUUUGUUUUUGUUUUGUUUUGUUUUUUUUAUCGGAGGCUUGUUGAUGAUAAAAACGUAUUUAAUGUGCUGUGAUUGUUUGUUUAAUGAUUAAUCACUGCAGUGCGAUGCAAUCAACCUGUUCAUUCAUUCAUUAAAUGUAUUUAUUUAUUUAUGCAUUUAAUUGUUUGUUUGGUUGUUUGUUUGAUUGUUUAUCUAUUUAUUUAUUUGUAUGUAUUAAUAAAUCAAUCAGUGGCGCUGACGUCAUCGUAAGGCGCGAUCCCAAGGUCCAGUGCGAUUUUCCACUUGGUAAGUAGAGCAGUUAAUUAAUACAGAUGGGAACAAUCCAUAUAUUUAUGGAACAAAAACCGUUUAAUUGGGUCAAGAUGUUGUGUUUAGAAUUUUUAGAGUUGCAAGGUAUCAGUUUAUGCAGUAAAUGACAGCAGUCAUUACAAAAUAUAACUUGCUGCACCACGUGUGCAAUAGCCUAACGUUAGCUGAGUUAGCUAAUUAAAUUCAAGCUUGUGUAUUUUUUCACAUACAAUCAUGCAAGGCAAGGUAAUAUAGGAGAUUGUAUGGUUUUUCGUUAUUAUAUGUGAUCGGUUACCCAUAUUAAGUUAGCUCGAUCACAACACUUUAGCCAUUUAUAAAUGUUCAGAUCAAGUUGCCAGAUUGGUGUGUUUUCCAGUAAUUGUUCAAAAUCCACAAUCCAAAAUUAUAAACACACACAUCUACUACAGUAUUGUGGCUCAUCAAAUGGCAUGUAAUAAAGGAAAUUAAGUGCUCUCUAAAGAAGGCUACAUUGUAAGGCUACGUGUCUGUCAUUUGCCUUAAAGAAAUAAAAGGGAACAACAGAAAUAUCAAAAUGCCACCUGUCUAAAGCUAUUUUAUUCCACCUAGUACAAACUAAUAUCUAAUUGAAAACUGACCAAUCUGCCAACACCGAUGGAAAAAAAAUACUGGUAAAAAUGUAAGGAGUUCAUUUGUUC